CGGAAAACAGGUAUAAUUAAAAACAGCCAGACUCCGUCUUUACAUGGUUCCAGUGUGAAGUUCCCUGCGUCCCAGGUGGUGGCGCUAAUUCUACAACUGGUUCUCACUGUCCAACAAAGUGGAGAAGCAGAAAAUCGGAUUAGUAGUCCGUCCCUUCUUCUGCUGCGCUGCUGGAGGGAGAGAAAUCCCAUAAAAACAGAAGCUGCGCUACUGAAAAAAUGAAUGAUGUCCUUUUGCAAGUCCUCUGCAUGUAAUGCCCACUUUCCUGCACAGUUUAAAUUUACCUCCACAAACACAUGAUGUCAACAUGUCACCAAGAAGACUGUAUUUCUCUGCAGAAACCAAGAUAGAUUAAAUAUGCACAUAUGGAGUCCAGGAGCUCCAGCACUCGUCAGAGUUCCUCUGGCCAAGAGAGUCACUUCUCAGAAUGUGAGAAGAGUUUUACUGUACAAACUCAUCUGAAAAUACAGCAGCACGUUCACACAGGAGAGAAGCUGUACCACUGUUCGGAGUGUAUGAAGACUUUUACCCAACAAGGUAGUCUCCAGCGUCACUGGCGCAUCCAUACAGGAGAGAAGCCGUAUUACUGCACGGUGUGUGGAAAAAGCUUUACUCAACAGGGCACGCUCCAGCGGCACCAGCGCAUUCACACAGGAGAGAAACAACAUUGUUGUUCAGAAUGUGGGAAGAGUUUUAGAUGUAGUGAUGAUCUCAAAAUACAUCGGCGAAUUCACACGGGAGAGAAACCGUAUCACUGUGCUGAGUGCGGGAGUAGUUUCACGAGACGGAGCAGUCUCCAACUACACCGACGCAUCCACACAGCAGAGAAAUGGUAUUACUGCUCAGAGUGUAUGAAGAGUUUCACUCAGCUAAGUAGUCUUCAACGACACCAACGCAUUCACACAGGAGAGAAACCACACUGCUGUUUGGAGUGUGGGAAGAGGUUUCGAUUCAGUGUUGAUUUCAAAAUACACCAACGCUUUCACACUGGAGAGAGACCGUAUCACUGCUCAGAGUGUGGGAAGAGUUUUACUCUACAGAGUAUUUUACAAAAACACCAGCGCAUUCACACGGGAGAGAAACCGUAUUACUGCUCAGAGUGUGGGGACAGUUUUACUCUACAGGCUCAUCUCCAACGACACCAGCGCAUUCACACCGGAGAGAAACCCUAUCACUGCUCAGAUUGUGGGAAAAGUUUUAGAGACAAGGGUAAUCUCCAGCGACACCAGCGCAUUCACACAGGAGAGAAGCCGUAUCAGUGCUCAGAGUGCGAAAGGAGUUUUAGAGAUGGAGGUACUCUCAAAAAACAUCAACUGAUUCACUCAAAGGAGAAACCAUAUCACUGCUCAGAAUGUGGGAAGAAAUUCAGGCAUUCAAAUACUUUAAAGAUACAUAAAUGUAGAGCAAGCUUGAAGGAUAUAAUGGGAGGUAAAGAUUCAAAGGCUGUUGAAGAGCAUCAGCAUGACAAGAUAAUGAGCCAAGUGAUAGAGCAAGCCAAGAAGGUGACAGUUCAGCUGAUAAAUUUUGAUGAAAGACUGCCACACACCAAAAAGUGGCAAACUUCUACUGUCAUCUCACCCAGGGACAUGCCAAGAUCCUUCAACAAUACAAAUUCCUCGUACAAGCAAUUGUGCUCGGCCAAUAAAGUCAUUCUAAUUUUAAAUAUGGCUUCCAGAAGAAGCUCCAAUACAGGUGCAGGCAAAGAGACCCACUGCUCAGACUGUGGGAAGCGAUUUGCUCUACAGAGUUAUCUCAGAAUACACCAGCGCAUUCACACAGGAGAUAAACCGUAUCCUUGUUUAGAUUGUGGAAAGCGCUUUAUUCAGCAGAGUCAUCUCCAGCGACACCAGCGCAUUCACACAGGAGAUAAACCACACUGCUGUUCAGAUUGUGGAAAGAGCUUUAGAGACAGUCGCGAUCUCAUAAAUCACCAGCGGAUUCACACAGGAGAGAAACCGUAUCACUGCACAGAGUGUGGGAAGAAUUUUAGUCUACAGAAUACUUUACAAAAACACCAGCGCGUUCACACAGGAGAGAAACCGUAUCACUGCUCAGAGUGUGGGGAAAGGUUUACUCUACAGGCCCAUCUCCAACGACACCAGCGCAUUCACACCGGAGAGAAACCAUAUUACUGCUCGGAGUGUGGGAAGAGUUUCAGAGACAGUGGGAAUCUCCAACGACACCAGCGCAUUCACACAGGAGAGAAGCCGUACUAUUGUUCAGACUGUGGGAAGAGUUUCAGAGAUGGAAGUACCCUCAAAAAACAUCAGCUGAUUCACAAAAUGGAGAAACCAUAUCACUGCUCAGAGUGUGGAAAGAGAUUCAGGCAUUCAAAUACUUUAAAGACACACAAAUGCAUUAAGAAUGAGGUGAAAACUCAUAUGGCAAAUGUCAAAUCGAAGAACUCUAAAAAUCCUUUUCUUUAGGACUGUCAGCUGAACUCAUGAAGUAAAUUACAAGUUUACCUUUUCUUUCAAAAUUUUAAGUACUUUCCAAAUUUUACAUUUAUUUUUAAAGAUGCAAACUUACCUCAAUAUUAUGACAUAAUAUUAUAGAGUGCUGAGCAUAAAUAUUAAGCAUCAAAAGAUUUGUAUCAAAUUUAAGUUUUUAAACAAAUGUUCAACACAAUAAAAAUAAAGCACAUAUGGUUUAUUAGCAUUUUGUAGCUAGCAGUGGUGGACAAAUUACAGAUAUCCAGUGCUUGAGUGAAAGAAGAGCUCCUUUUGCAAGAUUGUAAAAUUGCUCAAGUAAAAGCCCCAUAUAUAUUUUUUCACUUACGUUAAACUACACAGGUUAUACUUGUUUAAGCGUCAAAAGUAAAACUACUGUGAGAUGUUCUAACAAUCCAGCAUUUCUUUGUCUUCAGUUUUGGAAAUGUGUAAAAUUUAAGUUUGCAAAGCUACAACUGACCAUUGAGUUUUUAGGAGAGACUUAGUGAUAGUUGCACUAUGACUUGUUUGAUCUAUUUGUGAAAGUGUGUCAUUCUUUUAUUUAUUACGCAAAAUCUAUUUUUUACUUCACAGUAUUUUGCAGAAAAUAGUGGAGUAAAAAGUAGGACAUAAAAUUAAGUACACAUACUUUGUUAUUGUCCUGUUUUUAAGUAGCUCAUCACAGUCGUCUUGAUGUUUUCAUAAUGAUUGUAGAGCCUUAAAUCAGAAGUAGUGGGACGAAACAACAGCCCUUUGUUACACAAUGCAAACUGUAAUUCUUGUGGGUGAAUGUAUAUGAUUGUCCAGUUUCUAAAGUUGCAACACAGCUAAGUUUCACUAAUUAAACAUUUCUGCCCAAAUGGGAUGUUUCUCAGUGUGUGACAGCAAAGUCAUUAGAAAGGAGAAGAGGCUGAAUCAUUACGUGACUACAUAAAAAAUAUAUUGUAAGUAAUGUAAGUAACGUUUGAAUAUUUAGAUGGACAUUUUUACACUGUAAUGUUCUUUUUUAUUUUAUCUUGGAAAAUAUUAAAGCUUUUUGACAAUCCUAAUUUCCAUUUAGUAUUUUUAGGUGAAUGUGAAUGUUUCCUGCUACCUUUGUGAUUAAGUACUAAAUGGUUUCUAAUGAAAGCAACUGUUAAUAUUGUUAGAAAAAGAUCCUGAUCUCUCAAAUGAUCCAUUUGUCUGUACUGAUUGUGAUUGUUAUACCUUAAGACUGCAAGGUUUAUUUUACUUUAAAGUAAAAUAGACAGCAAGGUCAAAAAUAUUCAUAGUGUUGGCCAUUAUGGUGAAACUCUGCAGGUUUUUUAUUUGUUAGGAUAGAUGGCUGAAAGCGGCACUAGUAAAG